AUGCCGACCUCCUUCCUCUCCCUGCCGGGCGAGAUCCGCAACCGGAUCUACACCUUCGCGCUGACCACCGACCUACCCAUCACCGACGCCAACUCGCUCGCCGCCGCACCGCCAAAGUCGUCGCCCACCAAGGAGAAGACGGACCCAAUGCUCGCGGCCUACACCCCGCUGCCGCAGACCCCGCACCACAAUAUCCCCGCCCUGGGGACCGCCCUGCUGCGUACCUGUGCGCUGAUCCACGCCGAGGCCCCCGUCUCGCUGCUGUACGCCCGCAACACCUUCCGCUUCACCUCCGUCACCCACUGCCAGACCUUCCUGCUCUCGCUGCCGCCCUGGCUCCGUGCCCGCGUGCACGACGUCGAGGUCGACGUCCGUGACAUCUCCCCCUCGCCCCUCCCCGCCCCCGAGGACCCCCGCGCCCACAUCAACCGCGAGUGGCCGCAGUACCUGUCCUGGCGCCCUACCUCCACCGCCCAGCUCGGCUCCCUACGCGUCGACGCCCCCGGCCUCAAGGUCCUCCGCCUCGACUUCAGCGCCUGGCCCCGUGCCCGCCUCAGCCGCCGCCACCUUUGGGACAUACUCCGUCGCCUGCUACACAACGUUGAUGGGCUGGAGCGCGUCGUGCUCAAGGGCUGCUACGCCGCAGGCACGGCCAUGGAGCGCCGCGAGCCGUGGGAUCCGGCUUACUAUGUGGGCACGGACGAGGUGACUACUGAAGGCGUUGUGGAGCGCAUGUGGGGCACGGUGAGGGGUUCGGCGGUCAAGGAUGGCAAGACGGUGGAAGAAGGGGACCAGGGCAAGGUCGUGCGCUGGGAGCGCGAUGGCGAGGGUAACAUUGCGCUGGAAGUUGUGUCGUUGGCUCAUCUAUCUAAGAAGAUGCGGGGAUCCGGUGGCAACCACCAUGGCGAGAAAAAGCUUGAUCUCGCCGUCCGCCACAGCGCCUCGGACCCCUGGCCCGCCAGUGGCGCUUGUACCUUCGAGGAAUACUCCCGCCGGAAGGACCCCCUGUGGUUCGCCUCGUCGACCCGCAGCCUCAAUCCCAACUUCUACGUAUAA